UCGGGCGAUAUCCUCCAGAGACGAACAGGCAUUCAAGCCAUAACUUGACCGCACUGUCAUUCGACUCAAGUUUCCUUGCCAUCAAGCCAGGGAAUAGUCACGGCGGUCCGCGCUUGAUAGUCGUUGUCAUAUUUGACGAGAGUUCUUUUCAACGCCACAUAUCACCUCUUACCACAGACGUGAAACAGGCUUGGCAUCAGACUGCGCUGCGUAUUUCUCGCCAGUCCUUGUUCCCUCUCCUCCUCGACUUCUUCAUCCCUCCCCGCCUCACCUCUUGCCGGCCCCUCGCUGGCAAGACCACGCAAUGGCGGACCAACAUGACGUUGAUCUCGACUCCAUCAUCGACCGCUUGUUGGAAGUUCGUGGCAGCCGUCCCGGUAAGCAGGUCCAGCUGCUCGAAACCGAGAUAAGAUAUCUUUGUACCAAGGCUCGCGAGAUCUUCAUUGGCCAGCCUAUCCUGCUCGAACUCGAGGCUCCUAUCAAGAUCUGUGGUGAUAUUCACGGCCAGUACUAUGAUCUGCUCCGGCUCUUUGAGUACGGUGGCUUUCCUCCCGAGGCCAACUAUCUGUUCCUAGGCGACUACGUUGACCGUGGCAAGCAGUCUCUCGAGACCAUCUGCCUGCUCCUCGCCUACAAGAUUAAGUACCCCGAGAACUUUUUCAUUCUGCGCGGAAACCACGAGUGCGCUUCCAUCAACCGUAUCUACGGUUUCUACGACGAAUGCAAGCGCCGGUACAACAUCAAGCUCUGGAAGACUUUUACGGACUGUUUCAACUGCUUGCCCAUUGCCGCCAUCAUUGACGAGAAGAUCUUCACCAUGCACGGCGGUCUCAGCCCCGAUCUCAACUCGAUGGAGCAAAUUCGCCGCGUCAUGAGACCGACUGACAUUCCUGACUGCGGUCUCCUGUGUGAUCUGUUGUGGUCCGAUCCCGACAAGGACAUCACAGGGUGGAGCGAGAACGAUCGUGGUGUUUCAUUCACAUUCGGGCCCGAUGUCGUUUCGCGAUUCCUGCAAAAACACGACAUGGACUUGAUUUGUCGGGCUCACCAGGUCGUCGAGGACGGUUACGAGUUCUUCUCGAAACGCCAGCUUGUCACCCUCUUCAGCGCGCCCAACUACUGUGGAGAGUUCGACAAUGCUGGUGCCAUGAUGAGUGUCGACGAAAGCCUAUUGUGCUCGUUCCAGAUCCUCAAGCCUGCUGAGAAGAAGCAGAAGUAUGUAUCAAAACUUUUCUAACUCUGCGUUUGCGUCAAGAGCAUGGAAAACUGACACACUGCUUUGCAGGUUCGGACGACGAUAAAUCGAGGGCGGCCUUCGGCUCUGCCUUUGAGAUAUUCGAUUCGAAGUCGGGCUUAGAUGGUCAGAAAUUCCCGACCAUAUUACGAUCGCGGCUAUACACCAUUGGCGCGAUACCUAUCGGCGCACUAAACACU